ACUAAUAUUUCAACCUGCUUGCAGUUCCUCGGAACUUCAGGCUGCUAGAAGAGCUUGAGCGCGGGGAGAAGGGCAUUGGAGAUGGAACGGUCAGCUAUGGAAUGGAUGAUGCUGAUGACAUAUACAUGCGGUCAUGGACUGGCACCAUUAUUGGUCCUCACAAUACUGUCCAUGAGGGUCGCAUCUACCAGCUGAAGCUGUUCUGUGACAAGGACUACCCCGAGAAGGCACCAUCUGUUAGAUUUCAUUCAAGAAUCAACAUGGCUUGUGUUAAUCACGAGACCAGGGCGGUUGACCCGAAGAAGUUCAGUGUGCUGGCGAACUGGCAGCGAGAGUACACUAUGGAACAUGUCUUGACCCAGCUGAAGAAAGAUGCCCUGGAAUAUAAAUAUCCAGGGCCUUCAAUAUGCCUUGGUGCCGAUCGGAUAUGA